GGCGCUAGCACCUAAUAGUUGUUAUUGCAACCCACCAAAAACAAAAACAAAGCAGAGUAAGCGCCUGUCCAUGCUGCUACAAUGGGGACAGACAGUAAAGUUUUGUGUGGUCAGUUUCAAACUGUCCCUCUGUCCGAGUCUCAGUUGGACUUCCCCGGUCAGCCGUACUCCGUGUCCGUCCUGAAACCCGGGUACUGUCUCCCUCAGACCGACGGGACGUUCAAGGCCGACGGAACCAUCACGCUUAUAACGGGACCCAGGACUAUUCUGGUGGACACCGGGGGGCCGUGGGACCGGGACUUUCUCCUAACGACACUGAGACAGAGGGGACUACAACCGGGGGACAUUGACGUGAUCGUGGGGACUCACGGACAUUCAGACCACGUAGGAAAUCUGAGUCUUUUCUCCACGGCGCUGAUGAUUGUGGGGUUUGAUGUCAGUGAAGGGGACACGUACCGUCCCAACAAGCUGGCAGAGGGACACGCGUACUGCAUUGAUGAGUAUAUAUCUGUAGUUCCCAGUCCAGGCCACACAGGACAGGACGUCAGCGUCCAGGUGACGGGAACCUCAGCCGGCACAGUGCUCGUUGCAGGGGACUUAUUUGAGUGCUGCGCAGAUGAGGACAGCUGGAGGGAUCUGAGUAUGAACACUGCAGUGCAGGAGGUCAACCGCCAGGAGGCGCUGUGUACCGCCGAUGUCAUCAUACCGGGACAUGGACUCCCGUUUAGAGUCCUCAGGAACUGAUGAACCACCUCUGGAGUCACUGGGUGCAUCUCAUGGUGCUUACUUUAUGUCUCCUUGCUCCUCGAUCCUUGCUUGAACAUGAAGUUGUGUGAGGGUGUUGUCUUUGCAACUAUCUCAAACCCCAUUUUUGCUAACUUUUCCUCUCUCCUCGCCUGGUUUUUAUUGCUUAAAAAGACACAAGAAAAGAUGCAAGCGAAGGAAACGUGGAGGCAAUUAAGAGACAUGAGAUGCACCCAUAGAUCUUUUUUACUGCAGGUAUUUUGUCUUAUAAAAGCAGGGAAACUACUUUCACUAACAAUGGCUCAGUUUCAUUAAAGUUCACCUAAAUGGAAUACAGUCAUUGUAACGUUAUCAAUAAAUCUGGGAUUUCCUGCUAUAACAAGCCAAAACUCUGCUGGGUUAUGUAAGGACAUGAGUUGACUGAUUAAAGGUGGAGUUUUAUAACUUAACUGGACCUGUAUCAUCAUAGUGAAAGCUGACUGUUGUCAUUCCAAGCAAGUCAACACAGACUGAUUAACCCUUUGAACCGGGAUCGAAACGUAUGUUCUCGCCAAAAAUUCACAGUUUUUCAUGGAAAGAAAAUGAAAAAUCAACAACAGACAUUAUGGUUUAAAUUGAAAAUUUCCAACAGCCCCCAGAUCAUAGGUUAAAAAAGCUUUAUUCUACAUGUCUCAUUUAAAAUGUUGCCAAUAAACAGUUUGGAAUAACUAGAUGCUGUUAAAACAUAAAAUUCUGCACUCCUCAACAACACUGUGCAGCCAUGAUUGAUUCUGCUGAGACAACAAUUAUGUGACAAAUAUUCACUAAAAACUGCACUGACAGCUUGCUGUUUACACAGAGCAGAGAGGAGAGGACAGGAGAGGUUGUAAAAAAAAAAUUCAAUAUGUAUAAUACUACUACUAAUACUCAUAAUAAUACUACUAAUAUAAUAAUGUGGAGACCCAAUUUCUUUGCCCAACAUUUAUGACACUUGCAGGCCCUUAUAAAGGUGUUGUUGUUUUUUAAUGAUUUUUUUUUUUUUUUUUACUUGUGCACAAAGGACAUUUCUGAGUUGUUCAAACUUCUAGCCAUGAUCGAGCUGAUUCCAUAGAGCUGCAGGACUCUAUAUAUUAGAGUGAAAUACAAGGCCACAGUGAGUAAAAUGUAAAAAGAGCACAAAAAAAACACACACCCUGAAACAGCUUGUUGGGGUUGGCGGCAGUUUUAAGGCUCUCCAGGAUGUACAGGACCCAGGGCAUGAUGGGAAACAAGUUGACAAUAAGUUGACAAUAUGGUGUUUUAAAGAAAACCUUUAAAUGAGAGAGAUUAAAUCUCAUUUGUGUGAUUUGAAGGUUUAUUUUGUUAACAGGACACGUGUGUCUAAUGGUGAUGUUUAAUAGUCAGAAGGACACUUUACCGAUCAUAAAACUAACUGUAAAUCAGCCUAACCCUCUCAAACAAUCCAAACAGCAGCAAACUAAUGAAUUAAUGUCAAAUGUAGGUUGAACCAUGAGCAGAAAUCACUUUUCCAAUUUGCAUACAAAGUGAUAACAUUUUAAUCAGAUCUAACAGGAUGUGAGUGUCUGUGUGACUUCCUGUACAGACUCUUGUCUGCCUGCUGCUGCUGCCUGUCGCCCACUUUCCAGGCUGUGCUCUGCUCAACCACAACAAGCCUUUUAUUGUGCAUUUUUUUUGACAACUAGUUCAACAUUUUUGUAUGUAAUGACUCAAGCAAUGAAAUGAGGACUAUUAGUUUUAUAUGGAAUGACUAUUCAGCAUUCACAAGUAUAGUUAAUUUUGACUGACAUGACAUAAGCAAUUAUAAUGUUAUAAGACAGCAGAGAGUUGUAUGAAAGCAAUUGAUGCAUGUCCAAAAGCAUUUGCAAUGUGUUGAAAGGAAUGAGAAACUAUGAUGAGCUCAAAUGACUAAAUGUUGUGCAGGUUGAACUAACUGUUUUGCAAAUGUAAAGAGUGAUGUGAGAAAUGCACCAAAGUGACUGAGAAACACUGUAUUAAUACAAUGUCAAUGUGAAAAUGUAACUGUGAAUAUAUUCUGUAGUUUACCUUGAUUCUUAAUCAUAUGAGGGAUGUGUAACAAACACUGUGUGAAUCUUACGGCCUCUGCAGCAUAGCACUGUGCACAAAGUCAUCUGAGGGCAGUGUUUUUCACAUUUCAUGAUGCAGUUUACUGGAAACAUCAUUUUCUCAGAAAACACGUGAUUGUCUGUAAAUCAAAAGUGAAAGUGUCUUUAUUCGCUCCAACCCCAUCAGAACAAAAGUCUCUAUCUAGCUCUGUCUACAUGAGAAGCCAUUCAGCUGUAACCACUGCAUUGAAAAGAAAUUCCUGCAAAGAGGAAAGCAUGUUUUUCCAUGGGUACAUCUCUUCUACAAGGAUGUGUUACUGUUUGUUAUUGUUUUGUCAGUCAGUUUUCUGUUAUGUGAAUGAUGGGAGGACCUGAAGACAAGAUGAGUAACAUAGCUACAAGAUGGUAACUGAUUAUCAAUGUAAUACGACACACUUCACAUCAGCAUCUCCAGCAACUCUCACCACAACCUGUUUUUUUGUGAACCUCUAAUAAAUUCACUGUAAUCACUCUUA